AUGCAGAGGAAUAAAGCAUACCGCAAUAGGCGAAUCUCAAAACAAGCCGAGGAACUUACCGGUCAGGAUUUGGUAGACUACGUAAAUCGUAAGCAAACUUUGUGGAAGGCAAAGAAACACCAUCGUUUUGGCAGCUACCCAGAUCGCACCAAAUGGGGUUUAAUGGGUGUGAAUCAUGUUCGAUUGUCCGUUGAGGCAAAGAAACAUCUGUCCCACACUAAAGAUUUGGAUAUAGAUAUCCCAGAAAGCUUUGAUUCUCGAGAAGCAUGGCCACAGUGCCAAUCUAUAAAGGCUAUUCGUGAUCAGUCAAGUUGUGGUAAGUGUUACGGUAUACGCUAA